AUGGCUUCGAGUCUAGAGACGAUCAAUUUGCCUCAUUUGCCGUCGUUGCCGAUCCAUGUGGCUGUAUAUCGCGAUGUGCAAAAUGCCGCUUUCUUGAAAUCGCAGCUGCUCGCCGGACAGCCAGAAUAUGAGUAUGCCUUUAUUGAUGCAAGCAUGGUCUUGUCAAGGGCCCAUGUCAUUGCUGCGGUGUUCAGAGCCCUCAAUGAUUACUCGCACAGUCGACUAAGAUCUCAUAAUGUGCAUUCGGAGAUUGUGUUCUCAUUAAACCCCACAAACAAUAUUGCCGAAUCUUUCCGCAGAUUUGGUAUCACCGAUUCUACCAAAGAUCUGUUGGUGAUCAAGGUCUCAACCUCUCCAGAGAUAACCCAUGAGACUGUUGCAACCCAUUUGGGCAGCGCUGUGGAGGGAACCUCCACAUCUUUUGACGACCAGACGCUCUUUGAACUCUCAGACAUCACCAAGAUUAAGAAAUCAUACAAGCUUGGGUCUCUUGCUUCGCCCUCCAAGGCCGCGGAUCAAAUUGCUUCCAAGGAAAAUGUGGAGAUCAAGCAGCGACUUGAGAACGCACUUUUGGGGGCGAUCGCUUUGAGGGGAUCCUGA